AUGUCUUCUCGACGCUCAUCACCAUUCAUGCUUGUGCGUCCAUUUCGUGUUCGUUUAUCAAUUUUAGAUCUUCGAACAUCUCAAUCAUCAAAUACAAAUGAAACAUCAAUUACAACUUCACUAUCACCAUCAUCACAACGUCGUUCAAAUUUGAAUAAUCCUCUUACACUUAAAUUAAAUGAAUUUCUUAUUGAACAAAAUAAAUAUACAACUAUAAAAAAUAAUUCAAUAACAAUAUCAGAUCGAGAUAUACAUGAUCGAGAAAUAAUUCAACGAUUUCUUCAUUCAAAUAAUGAAAUAGAAGCAAGAAAAAUUUUAGCACAAAUGUGGAAAGAAUCACGUUUUUGUGAUUUAAUGCUUGUUGUUGAUGGAAGUGAAUAUUUAGCACAUCGAAUUGUUCUUGCUGCAUUUAGUCCAAAAUAUCGUUUGUUUUUUCGUGAACGUCGAACUGAUUUUGUUACACGUACUCAUCUUCGACAUACAUCACAUAAAGGUCUUCAACUAGUUUUAAAUUUUUUAUAUACUGGUGAAUUAACAUUAACAUUUCGUAAUGUAAAUGAUAUUUUAAAUUGUGCAAAAGAACUUGAUAUUGGAAAAAUUUUUGAAAUAUGUGAAGAAUUUUUAUCAACAUUUGAAAAACGUCAUGUAUUUCGUGUACUUGAAUUAUCAAGACGUUAUGGAAUGAAAAAAUCUUUUUAUGAAUCACAUUAUUAUUUAUCAAAAAAUUUUAAUCAAUGUAUUAAUAUGAAAAAUUUUCUUCAAUUACCAUAUACAACUAUUUCAAAUAUAUUAGCUGAUGAAACAAUACAAAAUCGUGAUGAAACAAUUGUUUUAAGUCGAAUUUUAAAUUGGAUUACAUCAAAUCAUGUAGAAAAUAGUCAAAUUAUAAUGCAUUUAUUUAAAAGAAUUCGUUGGAAUAAAUUAGAUUAUGAACAACAACGAGAAUGGUUAACUGCAAGUCAUGAAUUAGCUGAAAAUUCAAAAUUAACAUUAUUAAUUAAAGAACAAAUGACUCUUGCUUAUGAAAAAUCCAACCGUCGUUCAAGUUCAACAUCAAAACCAAUUGAACAAAAGUUAAACCUAAACGGUUCUGAUAGUCGUCAAACAAAUCGAAAUAGACAUCGUUCUUAA